AUGUCCCUGCGCAAGAGGCUGAGAAAUCUCGCACACAAUCUGAAGGACAAAGCCUCAGUGUUCGCAGCAGCUCUAUCAAUCAAACGCCACGUGUCCUCCGCUCGAGUCCAUGUCCUUCGCGCCACCACUCACAGCCUCUCCACUCCUCCAUCAGAGGCCCGAGUCGCAGCCGUCCUCUCCGCCGGCCAAGGCUCCCAUCUCCUGCCGCGCGCCUGCAUAAAUGCACUCAUGGACCGUCUUCACCGCACGCAAAGCGCAACGGUUGCCCUGAAAUGCCUCUUCAUGUUACACAAUGUCAUGGCCAAGGGACCCUUCACUUUGAAGGACCACCUUUCCCACUACCCUUCCAACGGUGGCCACAACUUCCUUAACCUCUCCACCUUCCGCGACCACUCGGACCUCGAAACGUUGGAGCUGAGUUCGUGGGUUCGAUGGUAUGCGGGAGUCCUCGAACAUGUCAUAACGGUUUCGAGGGUUUUAGGUUAUUAUCUGAGCUCGUCUUUAAGGGACAGCAUCAAAAGAGUGUGUUUGGGUGUGUCUAGUGGUGACUUGUUGUACAAAAUACAAGGUCUUGUUGUUUUUGUGGAGCACGUGAGUCACGUGCCAGAAUCGUUGCACCUUCAGAAGAAUGACUUGGUGUAUGAAUUGGUGAGAUUGGUGGGUGAAGAUUAUGGAAGUGUUCAACGUGAGAUUUUAUUGCGUGUGGAAGAGAUUGGAGAGAGAGUGGGGAAUUUGGAUGUGGGAGAGUUGAGGGAGUUGGUGGGUUAUUUGGAGAGAUUGGAGGAGACCAAGGAAAGAUUGCAGCUUUUGUUUGUGAACAGGAAGAAGAAUAAUGGGUUCUGGGAUUUGAUUGAUCGGACGAAGGCAAAGGCGGUGGCGGUGGUGGAGGAAAGAGAGGGGAAGUGGCUGACGGUGGUACGGCGAGGAACCACUCAAAGCGGGUCGACUCGGUUCACGAACCCGUUUCUUGACCCGGGGCAAUUGAUUCCGGUCCCACCGAGUGGAGGGUGGCCAGGUGUCAACUAA